AACUGGUCCCAGCGACUUUUCGGUUAGUUUGGAUUUUGAUUAGUAUUUUUUGGCGACAGCCAUUCUGGCAAAUGUAUGGAGGACAACGCGACGAUUAGAAGCAGUGGCCAGGGAAAAGUUGACAACGUUGUUUAUAUGACUUUUCUUGGUUAGCGCAGUAUGUUCUCUGAUACCAAGACAUGUCUAACCGAGCAUCACAACUGCUGCAUGAAAGUACAUUUCGUUCAGAGCACAACAAAAUUGUCGUGUACAUAUAUCAUUUUGAAAACUGUACAGGGUUGUCACCGUAACCCCUUCUGUGACAUACUUUUUUUGUGUGGACCAGGUCAAAUGUAUAUAUAAAUAUUUAUAUGUUUUAUGUAAAUGGAUUGUGCAGUAUCACUCCCCGUUUCCUUUGAACACUAGAAGGUUUGUGGAACCCCAGCAUCUGAAAAUGGACUACUGUGCUUUGUAAAGAAUAAUGACAUUGAUUAUACUUCUUGUGGGUAAUAUAAAAUAACGUGCCCCAGACUGGACCUUGUGAUUAACUGUAUCCAGCAAGUGGUUCCUGAGGAAUUGCAAUGGAUCUUUACCUGACGCUUAGCAUAAUUAUUAUAUGGUAUUUUUUUAACCUUGAAGGUAAGAAGAUAAUAUUAAUAACUGUUACUUUCAUACUGCGUAUCACUUCAGGAUCGUGCCAUGGAAAAUCUCUGCACGGGUCCUAUAUGUCCCAUUCACGCCCCUCCCCUACCACACACACACUUUCCCCACGUUUAGAGCGAUCGGGUAUUACUAUUAUAAAAUAUGUUUUUUUUUUAGUAAUAUAUUUGUAGAAAAUGUUUAAACAUUUCUUUAUGUUGUUAAUUUUCUUUUAAAAAUCAAGCUUCGAUAUGAUGUUUAAAUCAAUAAUAUUGAUAUUUUCCAAUUAAAACAACAACAACCAAAAACCUCACCGGUGUGUGUCAAUUAUCGUGUCGCUGUUGAGAAUCUUCAUUUUCAAUACUAUUCUACGUGUAAUGAGGUAUUCCCGAUUUUUAAAAGACCCAUAGCGAACACUCAAGAUAUUUUGUUAAGUUAGAACAUCGAUGAUAUAGUAAAAUAUCGAUCGCGAUUCACUUUUUUUUUUUGUGGGGGUUGGGGGGGGGGGCGGGUUACAUCAUGAAAAGAUGGCGGUCACUAUUAAAUCACACUAUUCCCCCAAACCUGCAGCCAAGAGAUUGGAAUCGAUCGCGAUUCACUUUUUUUUUUUGUGGGGGUUGGGGGGGGGCGGGUUACAUCAUGAAAAGAUGGCGGUCACUAUUAAAUCACACUAUUCCCACAAACCUGCAGCCAAGAGAUUGGGCUCUUCUAACCAUAACACCAGGUGAAGUUUACUGGGUUGAAAUGUCCUUUGUUUUGUGUGAUCUUUCAGUUUAAUCACCUACUCUUUGUGUCAUAUUUCAUCUAACGUAAUAGAGUAGAUAAACGUAACGAUCUCAACCCUUGUGUUGUUGUUAUUCCCAUACAGUGGCCAAAGGACAGCCUUACUACGACGCCGAGGGCAACUACUACGACGUCCAUCCCGCGAUGCACGAGUCCACAGCCCACGGUUCCGACGACCCGAUGAGGGCGCUCACCGGAAAUCACGAAAACAGCGGCGGUGCCCUCCCCGCCAAAGAAGAUGACGGUAAAGACACGCCCCUCAGCAACACGCCCGUCCCUCACUACUACGACGACUUCCUGAAACGGGACGACGUGCCGGACUUCAAAUAUCUGGACGAGGCGGAGUCCUCCAAGGACGCUGUUUUGUCCCCGAAUAAUAUCAACAAGCAGGGGGACGGCGACACGGCCCUGACAAUGCGGCACAAACCGUACGACGACGACGACACGCUCUACCACCACGCCUACAAAAACAACGCCACCCAGGUUCCGCGCAAUCAGUCCACGCUUGCCGGGUUUCCCGUGCGCCAGUUCAAUCACACGUUUGACGAUGUCCAGUCCGGGAACGGCAGCAGCUGCGACGUCAUAACUCACUCCGGAUGUGACGUCAUACACUACGAGCGAUGCGACCCGCUGAGUGGAAAGUGUCGGUGUUUGAAUGGCUACCUCCGAGAAAACGCGCUUAGUGGGGUGGGGGCGUGUAAGGGUGCAAGUUUUUACCACGGCCACCUCACGGUUCGGGCGCCAGGAGUCGAGCAGUCGUACACACAGCAGCAGCUCCAGCCGAUAAAGCUCAGGCUCAUGACGCUGAUACAGCUCACGUUUAAGAAGCAGAACAUACAAGGAGUCCUUGACUUGGCAAUUCACUCUAUCGAGAAACAGGGUCAGCGCAUGACGCUGUCCUUUGAGCUCGGCAUGGACAAAGCACUGACCUCGGGCCUGGGCGACAUCCAGAACGUGCUGAGCCAGGAGCUCAUGGUGACCCCAAGGGGAGAUCUGUUGCUCGAGUCGGCGUCGAGGGAGGCCAGCCUCAACGACAGCGAGUUCUCGAGACUGUUCUCUCCCCUCGUGGAGGUGAACCCGUGCAUCGACGACGAGCACAACUACUGCGGGGAUCACGCCGUCUGCCGGUACGCCAGCGACAUGGUGUCUUGCCAGUGCCAGCACGGCUACAACGACCCUUCUCCGAACCUCUACAGACUGCCGGGGGAGCUCUGUGUCGAGAAAUGCAGCUGCCACAACGGCGGUCUGUGCGUCGACGACGAUAUCCCCCUGGGCACGAAGCAGUGCAGCUGCCUCAAGUGGUACUUCGGCGCCCAGUGCCAGAUCGACGGCAAGGAGGUGAUGGUCAUCUGCUUGAGCAGCCUGGGGAGUUUGAUCCUGCUGGGGCUCCUCCUGUGCUGCUGCUACUACGGCUGCAGCCGACACAAGGACAACAGCGUGCGGUCGAGGAUGCUCCAUUUCUCGCCGGACGUCAGCAUCCUCAAACUGCCGCGGGUCUGGAUGGACACGACCACGAGCUUUCAAGAGAACGACACGUCGCCGCCCAACGACCGGAGGCUGAGCAUCGCCUCGGAGAACCCAUACUUUGACGGGUACAUCCUGGAGGACAUCCCGCUGAGUACACUCCCCAGACAUACCGAGUCGCACUCGCCGUACUAUCAGGCAACACUAGGCCACCACCCGGCAACCAUGUCUUCUCAUUCGUUUUAUAGAUACUGAGACAAUAGCCUCGUUCUUUUAUCUCAUGAGUGACGAUUUUUAUACUAGUCAUUAAAGACUUCUAAAACAGUGGCGUAGCUAAGGUUUAGUGCCCGCGCCGGGUUGGGCUAAGAUUUUUGCCACCUCCUUUUACAAUACAAAAACACUUGCAGUUGGUCGAAAAGCCGCCUCUCGCUAAAAUGGGCGCCCAGGACCACCCUUCCUACGCCACUGCAACAAAAUUAAGCUGAACAAAGAGAGCAUUUCUUUAUUUGUUCUACUGCUAAUAUGACUCCACUUUACUUGUUGUUUUAGUCAAAUUACAUUUCUACAUAAAAAGUCA